AUGGCGGACGCCGCGGCUCGUCAACUGCAGUACGAGUACAAGGCGAAUUCGAACUUGGUGUUGCAAGCUGACACGCGCCUGAUAGAACGUCGUGGUCGCGAUGAGCCAACAGGGGAGGUCACUACUCUAGUUGGGCGCAUGAUUGGAACGAAAAUGGGCGAUCGAGCUCAAAGGACGAAACCGAAACUUCAACAAGAGCGGAAAGCGAAGCGGAUGCGUCGCGAUGAAGCGAAUUACGAUUUUGCUCGAAUGAAAGGAGUCACAUUGCUUUCGCAAGAUGUCGAUGAGAUGGUGGGAAUAAUCUAUCGUCCAAAAACUCAGGAAACUCGCCAGACCUAUGAAGUAUUGCUGAGUUUCAUUCAAGAAGCUUUGGGAGACCAGCCGCGAGACGUUUUGUGUGGAGCAUCUGACGAAGUUCUUGCCGUAUUGAAAAACGAUCGCAUGAAAGAGAAGGAGAAAAAGGCCGAGACGGAGAGUCUUCUGGGCCAUUUAGCCGAAGAACGAUUUGCGCUUCUUGUCAAUUUGGGCAAGAAAAUCACGGACUACGCGAGUGCAACUGCUGGAGAUUCCUCCGGGCAGAAAUUUGGUGACGACGCGCUGGAUCAAGCAUAUGGCGUAAAUGUCCAGUUCGAGGAAUCGGACGAUGAGGGCGCGGAAGAUGUGCAUGGAGAAGAAGUUGAUGAGAAAGAUUUGGACCAAGAAGCUGACUCCGAGGAAGAAAGUAUGGAUAUGUAUACUCUCCAAGCAGAAGUAACAAAAGAGGAUGAGGCAUCUAAAAAGGAUGGCAUUCUGCAUCCCAUGGACAUCGAUGCUUAUUGGCUUCAGCGUCAGCUUUCGAAGUAUUUCAAAGAUCCAAUGGAAUCCCAAAAGCGAGCUGGGGAAGUGCUUCAAAUUCUGAAAUCGUCUCAGGAUGAUCGUGAAACAGAAACCCAGCUUGUCCUUCUGCUGAAUUACGAUUGUUUUGAUUUGAUUCGCACUCUGAAAAAAAAUCGGCUUAUGAUUUUGUACUGCACACUUCUCGCUGGAGCGCAAACUGAAGUUGACCGCACUGAGCUGAGGUUAAAAAUGAAGGCUGACCCGGAUUUAAGCAAGAUUUUGAAACAGUUGGAGGCGGAGCCAACAUCCGAGGAAGCUGCUGCUGCAGCGAAGAGGGAGAGGAAACGAAAGAAAGCUGUAGAAGAUUCCCGUAGUGCAGAAACUCAGAUGAAUGUCCUCGAUCUAGACGAUCUCACGUUUGUCCAAGGCUCGCAUUUUAUGGCUAACAAGAAGUGUUUGCUUCCGGACGGAUCUUUCCGAAAGCAAAGAAAAGGAUACGAAGAAGUUCAUGUUCCUGCUUUGAAAGCUAAACCGUUCGCGGAUAAUGAAAGUCUGGUUCCUAUCGAAAAACUGCCGAAAUAUGCACAGCCAGCUUUUCAAGGGCUGAAAUCCUUGAAUCGAAUUCAAAGUAAGCUGUUCGAACCUACAAUGGAGCGAGACGAAAAUUUGUUACUGUGUGCUCCGACUGGUGCUGGUAAAACAAACGUUGCUUUGCUUGCAAUGAUGCGGGAGGUUGGGAAACAUGUUAACCCGGAUGGAACCAUCAAUGCGCAUGAAUUCAAGAUCAUCUACAUCGCUCCGAUGAGGUCUUUGGUGCAAGAAAUGACCGGAAGUUUUGGAAAGCGUCUCUCUGUGUACAACUUGACAGUUUCCGAACUUACUGGAGAUCACCAGCUUUCGCGAGAGCAAUUCGCUGCUUCGCAAGUCAUCGUUUGCACCCCAGAAAAGUGGGAUAUCAUCACUCGUAAAGCAGGCGAUCGUGCGUUGGCGUCUUUGGUGAAACUCGUGAUUUUUGACGAAAUUCAUCUCUUGCACGACGAUCGUGGGCCUGUUCUAGAAUCUUUGGUUGCAAGAACUCUGAGAAAUGUCGAAAGCAGCCAGGAAGAUGUUCGUUUGAUCGGACUCAGUGCCACACUUCCGAAUUAUCAAGAUGUGGCCAGAUUUUUACGAGUUAACGUGGAUACUGGGUUGUAUUUCUUCGACAACAGCUACAGACCGGUUCCUCUUGAACAACAGUACAUUGGAAUCACCGAAAAGAAAGCCGUGAAGCGUUAUCAACUUAUGAACGACAUCGUGUAUGAGAAAGUUCUCCAACACGCUGGGAAAAAUCAAGUUUUGAUCUUUGUGCAUUCGCGUAAGGAAACCGCAAAAACUGCGAGAGCUAUUCGGGACAUGUGCUUGGAAAAAGACACCUUAGGAGCCUUUCUGCGCGAAGGUUCGGCGUCUACUGAAGUUUUACGCCAGGAAGCCGAACAGGUCAAGUCAACGGACUUGAAAGAGCUUUUGCCGUAUGGAUUUGCCAUACAUCACGCGGGCAUGACUCGUGUUGAUCGUACUCUGGUUGAAGAUUUAUUCGCAGAUCGACACAUUCAGUUGCCUGUUGAAUCACAGAUGAUAUCCAAAUUGCCGGACAUGUUGAACGCCGAACUAGUCUCGGGGUCCGUUCAAACUGUGAAAGAUGCUGUGCAAUGGCUUGGCUACACGUAUCUCUACGUGAGAAUGCUCCGUGCGCCAACACUUUAUGGCGUUACUCACCAAGAGGCUGAAGAUGAUCCGUUAAUGGAAAAACGCCGCUCAGAUCUCGUGCAUUCUGCCGCCAUUUUGCUGGACAAACAUCAUAUGAUUAAAUAUGAACGAAAAACGGGCAUAAUGCAGGUCACUGAUCUUGGUCGCAUUGCGAGUCAUUACUAUUGCAAUCACCGCACGAUGUCCACCUACAACCAACUCUUGAAGCCGACGCUCAGUGAAAUAGAGUUGUUUCGGGUAUUCUCGUUGUCCGACGAAUUCAGGAACAUCACAGUGCGCGACGAGGAGAAACUCGAGCUCCAGAAACUGAUGGACCGCGUACCCAUUCCGAUCAAAGAAGGAAUCGAAGAGCCGAGCGCUAAGGUCAACAUUCUAUUGCAGGCGUAUAUUUCACAGUUGAAGUUGGAAGGAUUCGCAUUGAUGUCCGACAUGGUGUAUGUUACUCAAAGUGCCGGUCGACUGAUGCGGGCAAUUUUUGAGAUUGUGCUGAACUGUGGGUGGGCCCAGUUGGCCGAUCGAGCCUUGUCUGUUUGCAAAAUGAUUGAUAAACGCAUGUGGCAAUCUAUGUGUCCUUUGCGACAAUUCAAAAAAGUUCCCGAAGAAAUCAGCCGGAAGCUGGAAAAGAAGGGAUUUCCGUGGGAACGAUUAUUGGAUCUCGAACCAGCCGAAAUUGGAGAGCUUCUACAUGCUCCGAAAUUAGGAAAAAGCAUUCACAAAUACUUGCAUCAGUUCCCCAAAUUGGAAUUGGUCACGCACAUUCAACCGAUCACUAGGUCUCAACUUCGGGUUGAGCUACGCAUCACUCCCGACUUUCAGUGGGAAGAGCGAGUUCAUGGUGUUAGCCAAGCUUUCUGGAUUCUUGUGGAAGAUGUCGACUCCGAACGAAUUCUUCAUCACGAGUACUUCCUCUUGAAAGGGAAAUACGCUGAAGACGAGCACGUGGUGAAAUUUUUCGUUCCUGUUUUUGAGCUUCUGCCGCCGCAGUAUUUUGUCCGAGUUGUAUCUGACUCUUGGAUCGCCAGCGAGACAAUCCUGCCAAUCUCGUUUCGUCAUCUGAUUCUUCCUGAAAAAAACCCAGCUCCCACCGAACUAUUGGACUUGCAAGCAUUGCCGAUUUCCGCGCUGCGAAACCGCCAAUUUGAGUCUCUGUAUCGGUACCCAAACUUCAACCCCAUACAGACACAGGUUUUCAAUGCUGUUUAUAACACGGAUGAAAGCGUUUUCGUCGGGGCUCCGACGGGUAGCGGCAAAACAUUAAUCGCUGAACUGGCAGUAUUGCGCUUGUUCGGUCAGGAGCCGAAUAAUGCCCGAGCGGUGUAUGUCACGCCGAAAGAACCUUUGGCCCAGCUAGUGUAUGACGAUUGGACGCGCAAGUUUCAGUCUAAAUUGGGUAAACGAGUGGCGCUUCUGACCGGAGAAACUGGAACUGACUUGAAAUUGCUUGCGAAGGCUAACGUGAUCGUGACGACCCCAGAAAAGUGGGACGUUCUUUCUCGGCGUUGGAAGCAACGGAAAAAUGUUCAGAACGUUCACUUGUUCAUCAUUGAUGAGCUGCAACUGAUCGGAGUCGAAGAAGGACCCGUGAUUGAAGUCGUUUGCUCUCGUAUGCGUUAUAUUUCUUCGCAAUUGGACAAGCCUAUUAGAAUCCUUGGUCUUGGAUCGUCGAUUUCCAAUGCUCGUGACGCUGCUCAAUGGCUUGGUUGUGGACCGAAUAACACUUUCAAUUUUCAUCCGAAUGUUCGUCCAUUGCCUUUGGAAUUGCACGUGAGGGGUUUCAACAUGACGCAUAAUGCAUCAAGGAUUAUCGCGAUGGGGAAACCGACGUAUCUCUCCAUUAUCAGCCCCAACCGUCCAGUGAUCGUAUUCGUGCCGAGCAGAAAACAGACUCGUUUGACAGCAAUUGACCUGAUAACGUAUGCCGCGGCCGAAGGAAAUCCUUAUCGCUUCUUACGAGCGGAAGCCGACGAUUUGGAACGGAUUUCGUCAAAAUUAAGUGAUGAAACGCUGAAAGAAACACUUAGUCAGGGUGUUGGUUACCUGCACGAAGGUCUCACCCCGGAAGAUCGGAAACUUGUGGAGCAGUUGUAUGAGUCCGGCGCUGUGCAGAUUCUGGUAGUUUCUCGUGCUCUCUGCUGGACGCUGUCCGUGGCAUCUCAUCUCGUUGUGAUCAUGGACACUCAGUACUACGAGGGGAAAGCGCAUUCAUAUGAAGACUACCCAAUUACAGACGUCAUUCAAAUGAUUGGACGUGCUAAUCGACCAUUGGAUGAUGUUGACUCGAAAUGCGUCCUAAUGUGCUUGUCCACGAAGAAAGAUUACUUCAAAAAGUUUUUGUUUGAACCACUCCCGGUGGAAAGCCAUUUGGACCAGUAUCUGCACGAUCACUUCAAUGCCGAAAUUGUCACAAAGACGAUCGAGAACAAGCAGGACGCGGUAGAUUACCUCACUUGGACAUUUUUUUACAGACGUCUCACUCAAAAUCCGAAUUAUUACAAUUUGCAAGGUGUCUCACAUCGACAUCUUUCGGACCACCUGUCGGAAGUCGUGGAAAAUACUUUGAAUGACUUGGAGCAGAGCAAGUGCAUAACGAUCGAAUACGAUAUUGACGUAUCGCCGCUGAACUUGGGCAUGAUUGCUGCAUACUACUACAUAAAUUACACGACGAUUGAAUUGUUUAGCAUGUCCUUGAAUGCGAAAACGAAGCUGCGUGGGUUGAUGGAAAUAAUUGCGUCGGCUUCAGAAUUUUCGGAAAUUCCAAUUCGACAUGGCGAAGAAGCGGUAUUGAAAACCUUGGCUACGCGUGUGCAACACCGCUCUGGUGCUGCUGGGGCGAAAAUAUCUUAUACGGAUCCCCAUUUGAAGACGAAUCUCUUGAUUCAGGCACACUUGAGUCGGAUGCAGUUAUCUGCUGAAAUUCAUCAAGAUACAGAGGUGGUGCUGAACAAAAGUUUGCGGUUGAUUCAAGCUUGCGUUGAUGUACUGAGUAGCAAUGGAUGGUUGACGCCUGCAUUGGCGGCGAUGGAACUCGCGCAGAUGGUCACUCAGGCCAUGUGGAACAAAGAUUCUUACUUGCGCCAAUUGCCCCACUUCACUCCAGAGAUCAUCAAGCGUUGCCAGGAAAAGAAGGUUGAGACAGUUUUCGACAUCAUGGAACUGGAGGACGAAGAAAGAAAUGCCUUAUUGCAGUUGGAUGAAGCCCGGAUGGCUGAUGUUGCCCGAUUUUGCAAUAGGUAUCCGAAUAUUGAGCUGACUUACGAAGUUGAAGAGAAGGACAAUUUGAGGAGUGGCAAAACUGUCAACGUAGCCGUGCAGCUGGAGCGCGAAGACGAGGUGUCGUCGACUGUCAUUGCACCGUUCUUUCCGCAGAAGCGCGAGGAAGGAUGGUGGGUCGUCGUGGGAGAUCCACGUGCCAAUUCUUUGAUCUCCAUCAAGCGGUUAACGUUACAGCAAAAGGCCAAGGUGAAGCUUGAUUUUCUGGCACCCACCCCUGGCAGUCACUCGUACACAUUGUACUUCAUGAGUGACUCCUACAUGGGUUGUGAUCAGGAAUACAAAUUCUCGAUUGCAGUUCAAGAACCAGAAUCCGACGAAAGUGGCUCAGGUUCAGAAUCUGAGAUGAAUUUUACGCGUGUGUUGCGCCCUUCGGUGAGAUGGUGCUCGUUUUACUCCACUAUGUCGUGGCGCGAAGGGAAAACGUGGAAGAAAUGUGACUCCGUUUUUGAAGAAGUUUUGUACAAUAAUGGAUUUAACACUGCUCAAGUAUUCCAUAUACGAGACCUGAUGGAAUCUCACCCACGAAGGCCAGAGCAGUGGAAAGUAAACGUUGAAAUCUUACUCAGCUAUUUGGAUCCGGCAAGCGUGCGAAAGGUCCUUUCUCUCGCGCCAGCACUUCUUAAUAGUCCGCCAGGGAAGCUAAAAAAUACUGUGGAUACCUUGAGAACUGCAGUACCUCUUGACCUGAGGUCUAUUGCCAUAGAUUGUCCAAUGCUGUUUGCAAUGGACCCAAAGGAAACUGUUGGACGAAUCGAAGCCUUGAAGGAAUCGUUUCCUAAAAAGACACUGUUCAGAUUGAUUUCUAGAAAUCCUCGACUAUUAUCUGAGUCUAUGGAAGAUAUUCGUGAGAAGUACAGGUAUUUAACUGUCGUGAUGGGUCAAGAUCAGCGGGAUAUGAUCAACAGCUCAGCAUUGUCUUGCAGUUUCGAGCAUCUGAGAGUCCGUCAUCUGAUAGCUGAAUGGACCGACGUUUUUAAACCUAUAAAAAUGAAGAUGAAAAUGACCAGAAGGUGGACAGUGAAGCCAACAUUGGAGGAUUUAAUGUGUUCUUCGGAUGAAGAUUUCUGCGAAAAGAUCAUCGGCAUCAGUAUGGAUGAAUACGCGACUUUUCGCGAUUUGGUGGAGAUGAAUCUAAUUUCCUCUCCGUUCGAGCCAAGUGAUGAUAGUGAUGAAGAGUAA